AUGAAGCUCAUUACACUCAUCGCAACUUUUAUCGCCGUUACGGCUGCUGUUGCUGUACCAGCCGAGCUCCAGGAGCGCCAAUGUAUUUUCAACGGAUCUUCUGUAUGCGGAGGUCGGACCUUUACAUGCCAGCCUCAAACUACCGGAUGCUCCCCGCCAGUGCCAGGGUCAUAG